AUGUCGGAACAAGCCAUGGACGACGUCUCCAAGUUUUUGCAGGAUGUCAAGGAGAUGAAUGCCCGCCGCACAGAGGAGGACGACGCCCGUCAACGCGAACUUGACGAGAAGAUCCAGCAAGAGAAGCGGGAGCGCCAGGCUCGUCGUGCCGAACGCGCCCGGUCUAUUUCCCCUCAGAAGUCAUCCCCAGCCAAUACCCCACCACCCUCGUCUCAACGCAACACGACUCAGCUUUCCGAUGACCUGAAGCUGUCUUCUCCUGGUCUUGAUCUCACCGGAAGCCCUCGUUCUCGUGGUGCCGCGGUCUCUGAUACCAUGGAAAGCCUAUCGUCGACCUCUCCGACCAAGGAGAACGAAUCCCCCUUCGAUGCCGAUAUCAAGCGAACGAGUGUAACCUCUCCUACCGGCAGCGUACAAGGCGCCCGCCCGCUCUCCUGGCAGAGGCGCCCCAACUCCCAGCAUUCGGAUCGGUCCAAGAGCCGUCCUUUGUCAGUGGUUGCCGCCGAGAAUGCUGCCAGGACCUCACCAAACCCCGUCUCUGACCCUUCAUCUGCCACCGAGCAGACCUUCUCCAAGGAUCAGAUUGCUCAGGCAUUGGGAUCCAAAGACCCAUCUUGGUUUCGCCAGACGGCCGACCGAGCCAGCGUUGGGUCAGCCGCCAAUCGCAAGAGCCAAGUGGAGGAUACCGAUACCACUGACAUGUCGUCGAUGCGCGCCCAUCAGCUUCCCGGCAUGAGCCGCAGCUCUUCCACUGAUCUCCCCCCGGAGCAGUCGAGCCCGACAAAAGAAAACAGACUGGGCUCCCCUUUGUCGUUGACCAGCGCACAGAGACUCGACCCCCCGGCUGAGAUUUCCUCCGAACCCGACAACCCGGCCAGACGGUCGUCGGUCUUGUCGUCAGGAUCGGGUCGCAUGUCGCCCACGAGACCUGUCUCGCCUACAAAGGGCAUGGGCGGCUUCGUCCAAAGUGCCAUGAUGAAGAGAUCAGACAGCGUAAAAAGAUGGAGUGUGACCUCCCCCACCGGCCUUGUACGCGCCGACUCUGCCGCCUCCACCCGGGCUGGUGAGUCUCGUUCACGACCACAGAGCAUGGUCAUCCGUGAUGGUGCAGCCACACCCACUAGCAUGUCUCGUUCCCUUUCUCGCCCUGCAUCUCGCCAUGCCUCUCGCCCUGCUUCUCGUCAUGGGGCUCAGGAGGAAGAAAGCGAGGUGGAAACCACCCCUAAAGCGCUUGCCGUGGACCCUAAACCAGAGCCGAAGCCAGCCGCCGAGGAGAAUGAGGAAAAGGAGGAGAAAGUAACACCGCCAUCCAGCCCGUCAAAGACUUUGGAUACUAGGAGAUGGAGCCCCACCAAGGCCAGUUGGCUGGAGACUGCGUUGAACAAGCCAGAAACGUCGAAGCCGAAGCCACCACCCACGGCAAACCAACCCGCCUGGAUGGUCGAGCUCAACAAGGCGAAGGCACACAAGGCCGCCAACCCAAGCGCCGAUCUGGGCCGGACCGGUUCUGUAUCGUCGCAAAAGCACGAAGUCAAUAUCGGUGGCCUCAUGCGAUCGUCGCCAAUGGGCGGCCAUAAUUCGAAGCCUUCUGUGAGCGGUCUAAAGGGCAUCUUCUCGUCGCCUACCGAAUCAUCUCAUCGGUCUAGUGGUAGCAUCAGCGGAGCCAACUUCCGCAAUAGCCAGAUCAAGAGCCCAACAAGUGACGACAAGCCGGAGGGAGAGGAAAGUACCGGAGAUAUACCGAAGCGAUUUUCGGCCAGCGACAGUCCUGCUGUAGCUAAAGUUAAGCCUGAGACACCUCCGAAGAAGGACUUCCGUGCCAGUCUCAAAUCCCGAAACCCCUCUGGCGAUGCUGGAGGCUCUAAAGAGCAGCCCAACGAGCUGCAAAAUGUCUUUGGUAACUUGCGCCGGACAAAGACCCAGAAUUACGUUGCGCCAGACGAACUCAAGAACAAUAUCACGCGCGGUAAAGCCGGUUUGAAUAUCACUGGCGGACCGAAGCCGAGCGAGCGUAAAGACGAGUUCAAGGAUGCAAUCUUGAAGAAAAAGGAAGAUUUCAAGGCUGCUCAAGAACAAGGCAGGGGCAUUGCCCGCAGUAAAUCCAACGCGGCUGAUAAGCCGGUACCCGAGGCUCUCCUGAAGAGAGCUGAAUUCAGCAAAUCCCUUUCUUCCAGACCAACCACUGUGGACUCGGACUCUACGAUCGAGCACCGCAAAUCUGUCAGCGGGCGGCCAACAUCACUGUCGAAGAAUCAGCAAAAGGAUGAACUAAGUGAGGCUGCUGCCACGGUGAAGUCCCCUACUGAAUCCGUCACUUCUCCAACACUCCAGAAGGAGACCAGUGCACCGGCCCGCUUGCAAGGGCGCGCUGCAGCCGGAGGACUGGCGAACCGCUUCAAUCCCGCGCUUGCGGGCCUAUUGGCCCGCGGCCCGCCGCCGAUGGCAUCAAACGGAGGCAAAGACGACCAAAAGCCAGAGGGCUCUGGCGCUUCGGCUACUGAGCCAACAGCUCCCGGUCCGCAAUUGACGCAUAUGACUAAGGGCCGUGCUCGCGGUCCGAAGAGAAAAGCACCGUCUUCGAAAGGCCAGUCCACAGGCAGCCCAGCGCCGGCUACUGAAUCAAAACCAAGCCCUGCGGUGGCAUCACCAGUCAAGGAAGAGGCACCCGUUAUGGCUGAGCAAUCUCCAAAGAGCCCCGAGAAGGAGGCGCCGCCGUCGAUUCAUGCCCAAGUGGCAGCUCAGGCAGCCCUCAAAAGCAGGCCCGCUCCCCUCAAACCCUUCAGCAAGCCUGCUGAGGAGCCUGAGAAGCCUGCUGAGAAGUCCCCCGAGAAACCAGCUGAAAAGUCUGCUGAGAAGCCAACCUUCAGCCCUAAGGAUGCAGAGCCUGUGCCCACCCGUAGAGCUCGCUCACCCACCAUGAAACUUCAAGCUUCUCCUAUCAAACUUCAAGAGGAGAAGCCGACCGAGCCUACUUCUCAGCCCACCUCGCCCAAAAAGCUGGAUAUGAAGAGAAUGUCGAGAUUUUUGGAUGACAACAGCCCAUCAAGCCCCAAAGCUGAAAGUCCCAAAAGGGCCGAGAGUCCUAAGAGGGUUGAGAGCUUCAAGAGAGCCGAGAGCCCCAAGAGAGCCGAGAGCCCCAAGAGAGUUGAGAGCCCGAAGAAUGCUGAACCCCCCAAGAACGAGAGUCCUGCUUCAACGCCGAGCAUUAAGCCCAAGCCGGUCUUUGAGAAGCCCCCAAGCCCAGUAGCACAAAAGUCUGAGGAGGUUUCUCCCGUCAAGAAAUUCGGACGGCCUCUGCCGGAACCCACGCCUAGCCCCGCAAAACAGUCGUUUUCAGAGACUCGCGAGGAACCUGUGGGCCCUGCUAAGACGUUCGGCCGGCCUUUGCCUGAUCCAACUCCCAGGUCUCCGAUUCGGUCUCCACCGCCGAACGAGUACAGUCCUCAUGUGGCCCCUCUUAGAAUCUCAAGACCCAGCUCGCCCCAGAAGAUGUUUAACGACAAAGUAGACAGCGACCCUGUCGUAUCUGUCAAGAAUGCUACCGCCAUGUUCGGAGGGUCCGUCGUACACUCACCGCCUUCGGUCAAGUCGCCUCCUCCCAUGAAAUCGCCUCCCCCUGUUAAGUCACCAAUGCAGUCGCCGCCUUCCGAGACAAAGUCGCGGUUUGACAGCCCAGCACCACCCGUUGAAAGGACUAGCACCCCCAAGGCUGCUGCCAGGCCCCUGCCGCUCCCGCCUAAGCCAUCAUCCCCAACGCCAGUGGCAUCGCCAGUGCGAUCACCGACUAAGCAGUUGUCAGACGUGUCCACCGUGCUGGACGACUUCUUCGGCACACCGCGUCCGCAGAGGGAGUAUCAGCUCGACACCGCCGAGGUUUUGAUGAACAAACCCCGUGCUCGCAACAUUCAUGGCCAGGGAGCGCGACUCUUCCAAAUGACCGGUGACGGAAAGAAGAUUCCUGUCCCGGCACACAACGAGCGUAUCCUAUUCGAACGCGAGAUGUACAUCUGCUCUUACACCUUUACCAAUGAGGCUGGAAAGAAAGCAACGGAAGUGUACUUCUGGGCUGGUGAUGAGGUGCCAGAAGCAACGGUGGAAGAUGCCGCUCUUUUCGUGAACCGUGAAGCCAGAUCUCUUGGCGGAAGAGUUGUCAAGAUGCGCCAGGGCAGAGAGACACCAGAGUUCAUCUUGGCGCUUGGAGGUAUGGUAAUCACUCGCCGGGGCUCCAGCACAAAGUAUGACUCUUUAGCACCAAGUAUGCUCUGCGGUCGUCGCAUCCUUGGCCAACAUACUUUCGUCUUUGAUGAAGUCGACUUCUCCUCGUCGAGCCUCUGCUCCGGAUUCCCCUUUUUGAUCACGACGUCAGGAAAGUGUUACCUGUGGAAGGGUAAAGGUAGUGAUGUGGAUGAGCUCAGCUGCGCCCGUCUCAUUGGUAUGGACUUGACUUUGACGGGCGAGCUCCUGGAAGUUGAAGACGGCAGCGAGCCGGACAGCUUCUGGGAUAUCUUCCACGGCGGCUCAAAGCCUCAUUCGGCGGACCACUGGCGCUUGAAGCCCAACUACGACAAGUACUGCCAAAGACUGUUCCGGUCUAAUGCGGCUUCAAAGCAGCAGAUCGUCGAAAUUGCUCCAUUCACUCAAGCCGAUCUUGAUCCCUCCGGAAUCUACGUCCUGGACGCCUUCUUCGAGAUGUACAUCAUCGUCGGCAGAACUGCACAGAGUCAAUACAGCUCUUUCCGCAUCGCCCUCGACUUCGCGCAGGAGUAUGCUAUUCUGGCCAGCGGCAUGGAGGACCGCCCCUUCAUCCCCAUUUCGACGGUUGUAUUGGAGGGCAUCCCCAAGGACCUUAAGAGCGUGUUCCGCAAGUGGCGUGACGAGGCCAGCCCGACCAUCAUGCCCCAGAGGAAUGCGGGUAGUCCCUUGAAGCGUGGAAGGAGUCUGCGCGUUGUACCCCUUACGCAGGCGCUCCAGGCGCUUAGUGAGUAA